ACAAUAAUGAUUGAAAUCAAUGGUUCACCAUCACUGUUUUUAUUUUUACAAGAGUUCUUGUUCGAGAUUCUUCUUGCGUCAUCUGUAACUCUAUUAUUAUAUUGCGAAAGAUAAGACGUUGAUUCUUUCUCCUAAAUAUACUCCCGUUUAUAAAAUAACCGGCGAUAACUAUUAAUUUAUGUAUUUAAUAUUCAUGCGUUCAAGCUUACAAUACACCAGUUGAGCGACAAACUUCAAACUAUAACAAUAUUUCAAUUUAAAGCGAGCAGUAUUCCCUACGUAUUAUUAUUUCAAAUAUCUCCGAGUGAGUGUCUCGUUUGUGUUUUGUUGUGAUAUUCAAAAAGAAGAUGUCAGUCAUUACAACCAAACAGUGCGCCUGCAAAUGGGUCCUCCAACAUCAACACAAACUAAAACAAGCCGCAAGAGCUUGCAGUCUAAAAGUAAAAGAAGUUUUAGGACUCGACGAACUAAAAACCUACGAGCAGUAUAACGACUCCGAAUAUACCUUUCGACACAGAGAUUUGACAACGAAAUUGGCCGAACCGGACCAACUCCGGGCCAAACCCGACGUUUCCGAAUUAAAAUUCGGCCAGAUUUUCUCCGACCACAUGCUCAAAAUCUUCUACCACAAGCAACUAGGGGGUUGGCAGAAACCAGUGAUUAUUCCAUUUGAAAAUAUCUCGCUUCACCCAGCCGCCAAAGUCCUCCACUAUGCCGUUGAGCUUUUUGAAGGUUUGAAAGCUUACAGAGGCGUGGAUGGGAAAAUCCGGAUUUUUCGACCGGAUUUAAAUAUGAGAAGGAUGAAUUUGUCGGCGCAAAGGGCCGGUUUGCCCACUUUCGACGGGGAGGAACUCACUAAGUGCCUCAAUCGGUUAAUUCAAGUGGACCAAGAGUGGGUCCCACAUAGCGAGGGUUCGAGUCUUUACAUCAGACCCACACUUAUCGGGAUUGAUGGCACUUUGGGUGUUGCCCAAUCCGAGUCAGCCCUACUCUUCACCAUCUUGUGCCCAGUGGGCAACUACUUUUCCGGGGGUUCUGAAUCAGUGUCCCUUUUGGCGGACCCCCAGUAUACAAGAGCUUGGCCUGGCGGUGUUGGUGACCGUAAAAUGGGUUCCAAUUAUGGUCCCACGAUUCGAGUUCAAAGCACAGCUAACAGCAAAGGGCGACAACAGGUGUUAUGGUUGUAUGGGCCCGACCAUCAAGUCACUGAAGUUGGAACCAUGAACAUUUUCAUCUUUUAUAUAGACAACAACGGCGAAAAGGUUUUGGCCACGCCGCCUUUGAACGGUUUGAUUCUUCCGGGGGUUACAAGACAAUCGAUUUUACAAAUGACACAAGAAUGGAAGGAGUUUAGGGUUGAGGAAAGGAUACUCACUAUGGACGAAGUGAUAACGUUGCUACGUAGUGAUAGGUUGCUCGAAAUGUUUGGUUCGGGAACAGCUUGUAUAGUUAGUCCUAUUGGAUCCAUAGAAUAUAUGGGCGAACUUUUGAACAUACCAACGACCGAACACGAAAAACCACUCUAUAAGAAACUAAGAGAACAAUUAUUUGCAAUACAAUAUGGACAUAUUGAACACCCAUGGGCCCGAGUCAUAGAAUAGUAGUCCCAUCAAUGAACACCCAAAAAGGGGUUGUAGAAUACAUGGUUGGGAAAGGAAUUUUUGACUUAACAGCUGUGUUUGGAAUGGUAGGAAGGUAAACGUACUAAAAGUCCUCAGUCCUCCGAGGUGAACGGGGAGGUGCCGUUUUAUGGUUUCUCGCUUAUAUCUCAAAAACGGUGCGUGUUACGAAAAAAUGUUCAGGUGUGAAAUUAAAGCUUAUAAACAGACCUACAGAUUGGUUUUUCGUUUUUUUUUCUAUCUUAAAUAGUUUUCAAACAAUUGUUUGUCCCCUUUGCACCAUGGUGCCAAGUUUACAGCAAAAGUUGAUUGUGUGAAGAUUGUGUGAAUGUGAUCUCACUCAGUCACUCCCUAGGAAAGUGGGGUUACGUUCACUUCUUGCAUGAAAAUGUAUCCUUGCUAUUUUAUAUUGUGGUUGUGAGCACACAGGAUAGGUAAAACACUAAUAUUCCUAUUUAUAUUAUUUCUCAAUCAAGUCUAACGAAAAAUAAAGUACAAAUUGUCCAUGACAAUACUAACAGUAUUUACAAAAGUCAAAAAGAGAGCCUAUAGCACAUGAAGAGCACUCUCAUUUUAAUUUAAUUAUUAUGUUAUAAAAAAUCAAUUAACCAACACAUUUAUGAAUUAUUAAUCCAAAGUUUAAAAUGAUUGGCUUCCCUCGUUAUUAGGUAUAAUGGCCGACCUUAAACGGACCAAUUAUAUCAUUAUAUGCCUUUAAUUUUGAAUGAAUCCAAAAAUCUAAAGUGAUUGGUUUUUUAUAUUAUUAUAAUGGCCGAUCAUAAACUAUCCAAUCACAACGUUACAACUUUUACAACAAUUUUACGUUAAUUCUCUAAUAAUUUUUUAGGGAGUGGGAUAUAUUUGCUCGAAAACUAUUUGAGAUAAGUACAAAAAUCCGAGAUGACCGUCUUGUAGAUAAGCUUUAUUAUUUUGUGAAUAAUACUUAUUUUUGUUACAUAAGGUCUUAAAAUCCAGUUUUUGCGGACGAAUCGUUGCUGGAAUAGUAUAUGAGUCCGCAAAAAAGUUUUAGGUAGAUACAUGUUACAAACAAUAUUUUUUAUUAAAGCUCCCAAAGACACAUCAUUCACACCUCUUAUUAUUUGUGAUUAAUGUCAUCUCAGACCAAAAAUUUCUCGAAAAUAGUGAGCUCCAGAUUUUAACCACUAUAGUAACCAAAUUGGUUUUUUCUUCCACAAAAACUGUAUUUUAGGUACUAAGACCCAAAAUGACUAUUUUAUUGAGUUCGAAAAAGACUCAUUUUGAGGACUCAAAUGAGUUCGUAAAAUAGCUAUUUUUGGGAGCGUAUACAAAACACAUUUUUCGUAAUUUUUAUGGAUAUAAGCAAAAAAAUAUAAAACGCCACCCAACUGCGCCCUGCUUACCACGGACGACCGAGAACUUUCAGUAUGUUUACCACAAAAAUUCUGUUCUCGACAAAAUUUUACAACUUGUUCGUUGACUGGACUACAGGCACUUUUUAUUUUUUAACCGUUUGUGGUAAAAAUCUCUCAAUGACUGUGUUAUCAGAAUAAUUAGACUUACCUAAGUUCCUAUACUAUUUUUUAUUGUGUGCACAUGUGCACUUUGCAUUUGUAGGUAGGUUUAGGUAUUUAAAAGCUUAUUUAAGCAAUUUGUGAUUUUUCCCAAAGUUGAAAUGAACAGGAUGUAAGUACAGGGUGUAGUGCGUAACACACUCUGUUUUUUGUUUCAUUUAGUUUAAAUGGUUUGUUCAAAUGUCCACAAGUAUGGUCACUAUGACCUCAGUUAAGAGGUAACAAUGUUUAAGUCAGAAUAAGAUAAGUUUGAAAUAUGUCUUUAUUUAUACAAAAACUUUAUUAUAAUAUAUUUAUUACCUAUUUU